UCAUAUUUUUUUCUUAAUGAAGCACGAAAAGCUGUGGUCUGGGCAUCAUCCUACCACGCCAGAACAUUUGUCAAGAGAAUACUGCUCGUUAGUUUACUCUCUUUUUGACAUGAGCACAAUUCUUCGUGGGCUCCCUCAUCUAUUAGGCAAAUAAAAAAUUAAGGUUAAUUUUUCUACAAACAUAUGUACGCUACGCGACUUCAUUGCAAAAGUACUUCAACAUCAGUAGAAUUUUAUCGUAUAUCGAGCUGCAAAUUUGUAUCUUGUAAAAGCCCACGGAUUGCGAACUAAGAAGAAAAUUUAACGGUUAAUUUAUAUUUUGAAAAUACCAUGAACUGGAGAUCUGUUGGAAAUUUCGUCCUGAGUUUGGCAAAGUUCGGUCCUUGGACCUUAAACGAACGUUACACAGUGAAUCGUGGACGGGUAAAGCGGGUAUGUUUUACUUUUCUUCCCUUUCCUUCAAAACCACUUAAGGUGUCCAUGACAUGCGGAUCGCCUCAAUCUCCUUCGUUACUUUCUAAAUAGUAGAGACAACAUUACCUAUCCGCUAUAAACCGCAAAAACCUGAAAAGUUAUUCUUGUACGGAUUUCAAUGGGCGAAUCAUAGCGGCGUUAAGCAGAAUUAGGCCAAAAAAUUGCAUAGAUCAGCGGAUUUACAUCCUCUUUGUUCAAAUCAACAUAAAACUAACAUCAAAUUUAGAAGGUAAACGCCGAUAAUUUUAAUUCGAUCAAAGCUAGCUCACUCAGCACUAAAAACUUCUAUAAAAGGAAUUAUUUAAGUUCUAGAAAUUUUUCUACCAACGCUACAUCUACCAUGGUGUGCUAUUUAAAAAAUUAAUAUUAAACGUGGUCUUUGUAAUUGCAGGAUUCUCUCGUAACUUCCUAAAAUAACUGUUCGAAGGGGCAUUCUAGGACAUUAGGAAAAUAAAUAUAUGCAUACCAAAUACGAAAGCUUAAAAAAAACUAUAAAUAUCGGCUCGUGAAUGACCUACGAGCUUCAUAUUGAAAUAAAACUUAGAGUAGUGGUUACUGUCCAGUGAAUCGUAAACAACUGAAAUGGCAAGUUGUGCUCAUGUUAUGAAAUCCAGUGCGCGAUGCGAUGAGCACUACAAGUUCAUGAUUCGAAGUACCACUUCUUGUGAUUUCCCUUUGAUUGAAACAAAAACACGAAAUUUGAACGUUUGGUUGGCUCGGUGGAUAUUCAGUAAGUGGUUGGGUCAAAAGCUACUUAUGUUCACAAAGGCAUGAUGCGAAAGCAAACCAUCGCUGUGAUGUCACGUAAUUGUUGCGAAAGUGACGUAGGGACAAAAUUAAUCUACAAAAAAGCACAAAAAACUCCCAUUGAAACAAAAAUUUCUCAGCUCAAAAUGGUCCGAGUAGAAAGCAGGGUUUUUUAAUAUGUCAAUCGUAUGAAUCACAUUUAAUUCACGUUUCCUUUUUGUAGCUUGUCAACAUUAUGCAAAUUUCGGAAAGAAGUUUACCGUCGAUAUGCAAAUUUUCCAGAACUUUCAAACGACACUUGCGUGAAUGACUCAAAAACGAAGUUUCCAAAGGAGCAUUUCUUUACCUUUAGAAAGAUUAAAAGAUCGCACCUUAAUCCCACUCGGGUGAGUGUAAGCGGAUCUAAACAAUGGGAUUACAGGUGACACUACCAUGAAAAUCGUCAGGAAACUUUGAGUCACAAUUGUUUAAAGUAAUCGAAGGAAAGCGGAGGGAGUAAUUCAACUCGUGCAUCGUUGUUUAGAGCGUUUGACAAAGACGUAUCGCUAUAAAUUUUAUCUGGCCAACGAGAACCGGAAAUAACAAAUUUAAUAUAUCCUGUUCUUGAACAAAAAUAUAUAACGUAGGACCUCCGAAUGAUCUUAAUAACACCGUUGCAACUUAAAUUAAUUAAUCACGAUAAAAAUUACUUUUAGGAUUGAAAUUUUAAAAAUUCAAGAAUAGAAUUUCUACUGUUCAGAUUAAAUCAUUUUUGCACUAUUAUUUUUUGUACAUCCCAAACAGGGAAAAAGUUUGACUCAAUAACGUCAUAGGUCAGCCAAUCACAAGCGCAGAAAAUUUUGUUUGGAUUUCGUAAUCACGUGUAGUGGUCACAUGGUAAUAGUUGAUUUUCUAAAAACUCGUACGAUUGGUUAAAAUAUAAUUGGAUCUGUCAAGACUAAUAAUUGCCAUGAUGAAAGCAACAAUGACCUGUCAAUUAUUAUUUUUAGUCCCCUCCUCGGAGAGUUGGGCCGGUUAAACUCGGGAAUAUGGAGAAAACGAAGCCACGCGAAUUAGAGGAAAUUUGUAAAGCUAGUUGUUGAAUUGUGUUCGCGGAAAUUCCCCCCGCGCUGAAGGCGCAUGGAAAACCGUUAAAAAAUCGCGAAUUAUUUGGCUGUGUGCGGUUUGUCAGCUCGGUAUAACGAUCGAGGGAAAGUUAUACGCGUUGCUUUUGUUACGGAGCAAGCUUGAAGUUUUGAGGAUUUUUUGUGUGGUUCAGCUUAUUAUUCAAAGUCGACUCGCUCAAGCCUGCGUGCAUUCAUAAAAAGUCGCUGCGAUUUUUUCAACGGACGGCACGCUAGAUACUGGGAGAUUUUGACGAAUGAAUCCGCACGCGGGAGAUAAGGAACUGAGCGAUCUACUUGACUUCAGCGCGAUGUUCUCGCCGCCGGGAUCCAUGGUCGGCAGUAAAUCUAGUGGCUCUCUGACGGAAGCUGGGUUAUCGAGUUCCAUGCACGCAUCUAGAACAGGUUCUUUAGACGAGACACCCACGUGGCAAGGCAGUUCUGUGUCGGCCUACGAAGCUCGGGGAUAUCAUACGGAUAACCACGGCGUAUACAGCACGAUCGAUGAUGUUGAAGGCGACUUUAUAUCCCGUAAGGGAGCUGGUUUUACUAAUUCGUAUCUCGGUUCAAACUCUCUAGGAACUUUAGGUUAUAGAGAAUCUGGACUAACAGGAAGCCAGGCUGGCCUCCCUCCACCACUGCAGACUUCUCAUGAUGUUUCCCUAUCAAGUCCAGAUUGGAGAGGAAGAAAGUACAAGUCAAGCAAAAACAAUAGCUCCCUCUCUGUCUAUUCACCAGGUGCUGAUGACAUGAUGCCUCAUCCUGGGGAUGCCUUGACUCAAUCUCAUUACUCUCCAAAAGGGGGAAUCUACGCUGAUGCUUACUACAUGGAUCAUGGCUCACCAGAUCCAUGGGGGCAUACUGGUCAGCUUGGUCCAGGAUCCUAUUCUGGUUCAGCUGGCUCCUACAGCAACAGUUAUGGCAUGCAUCCAAGAGAUAGCAUGAGUGAUGUUCGUGGUAUUCCCGUUUCAGCAUUAGCAAAGGGUCCAGCUAUUCACCAGCCUAGGGGUUACCAUCACUUGGGCCAUGGUGAGCCAAUGGAGAGACUGUCGAGUUUACCACCAAUGACAUCAUUUAGACAAUCAGGAAUGCACCAUGGUCAAUCAUCACCCUAUCUUCAUUCUUCAGUGUCACCACCUCUAAAUGGAAGUGAUCCAAUGGCCAGUCACAGCUCUAGGGCACCCACAUCUGGUUCACAAACUGGAGACACACUAGGGAAGGCCCUAGCAUCUAUUUACCCAACAGACAAUGGUGGGUCAUACUCAUCAAACCCAACAACACCAGUAGCAUCUCCUCCUCCUCCAUUGGCCACUGUGAGCGACAGACCUUUAUCAGCUGGCUCUGGAGCUUCAGGACAUUCUUCAAGCUGGGGAAGAGCUAAUCAACCAACGUCGCCUCCAUACGAGAGUCAUCUGCAUUCUCUUCAAAGCAGAAUGGAGGAGAGGCUUGAUGAUGCUAUCCAUGUUCUGCGCACCCACGCUGAAGGUAGCCUCCCUCCUGGAAUGUCACCAGUAGUAGCUGGAAGCUUGCUGAGUGCUGCAGCAGCAGUAGCAGCAAGUGCAAGUGGGGUUCAGGGUGUAAGUUAUUCAGCCUCUGUGGGAAGUAGUGGUGCUUCAGCAGUAGCCAUGGAUCAGAUGAGUGGUGGACAUAGUGGAAUGGAAGAUGAUCCAGGAAUGGCGUCACCAAGUACCCUAUCAAGUAGAGGAGCAGGUUCACAAAUGUCCCCCAGUAACUCAGAGACCAGUGAAUCAAGAUAUGGUUCUAAAAUGGACACAGGGGGUGACAGUGCAAAGAGCAACAAAGACUCGUCAUCAAAGCAAGAUAUGAAAACUAAUGGUGAUUUGGCGGAGGAUAGAGACAAGAGGGAUUUGAUUGUGGAUGAUGAUGAUGAUGAUGACGAUGAUAAAUUGACAGAAGAUGGUGGUGUUGAUGACAAUGGCCGAGUCAGGGUUGUCAGGGAACAAGAGCGGAGAUAUGCAAAUAAUGCCAGGGAAAGGUUGAGAGUUCGAGACAUAAACGGAGCCUUCAAAGAAUUGGGAAGAAUGUGUAUGAUGCAUUUACAGGGUGACAAAUCCAACUCUAAUACUAAACAGACUAAGCUUGUAAUCCUUCACCAAGCAGUAUCAGUUAUCACAAGUUUAGAAUCGCAAGUACGAGAGCGAAAUCUCAACCCCAAGGCAGCUUGUCUUAAAAGGCGCGAAGAGGAGAAAGGUGAAGAGGAAGCCCCGGAGAAAAGAGCUGUACCGGGAGUGGACAAACCCUUUGACACCUCAGGGGCAGCAGCAGGGCGUGGGAGAGGCAGACGAGGAAGAAGGUCGUCAAGAGGGGCCUAUAACGGCGAAGGCCGAGGAAUGCCAUGUGGACCACUGAACGGCUAUGAACCAAAGGACCAUGGAGAUCCACCCUCCUUAAAUGCGUGACAAGAGUAAACAAGGAACAAAGUUUUUAAUGGAACAAAGCUAUCAGAGUUUUAUGUAAUUUACAGAUUAAGUACUAAAUACAGCAAAAUAAGUUUAGAAUAAGAGAGAGAAAAACGAAAAUCUACAAAAAGCGACUUCGUCCAUGCGAACCAUUUACCACUGCUAUCUUUCUUACGCGGCUCGAACUGAGUCUACUAGGUUGAUAGUUUUUUGUUUUGUUUGUUUUUUGUUUGUUUGUUUGUUUUUCCGUUCUUUUUUCUCCUGUGCGUGGCUCCAUGGCGUAUAUAACGCAAGAAAAAGAGCUUGUCAGCAAGUAGCUUAUGUUAUGUUAAGAGCUUAACUUGAUAACCAGUCGAAGAUUGCCAUGCGAUGGUCAAAGUCUUCAUCACAGUCAGAUAUUCUCCACACCUCAGAGUCAAUUCUUGCUUUUUGUACCUAAAUGCUGAUUUGAUAAUUAGAUAUACAUAUGUCGUAUUGCCAUCCUCGAGUUCGAUUCAGGAAGUCUUAUAGAAGAAUUCUGCUUUAAAGUUGUAAAUAAAAAAGGAAUCCCGUAUCGUCCUACUUUCCAUCUUAGUGUGAUGUAAGCUACCCUCUUCUGAUGAGGCCAGGGGUUAGCAUCAAGGUUACAUAUCUUAUGUGCGGCGUUCCAAGUUCAGAACAACCUCGUGAUGUUUUCCUCAUUCCUUCUCCUACACUGAAUGAUUUCAACAGCAUUUUCAUCGCGCCAUGAGGUCUGUGUUAUUCUUGGUAUUCCUCAGAAGAAAUAGGCGUUUACUAAUCUAUCCAUUUUACAUUUCACUAGGCAACUAAACAUUUUAGAUGAUAUUUUUAUGAAUAUUACUGGUUACUACUUAGAAUAGAAAUCGCCGCAAGUUAUUAACGUCAUCACCCAGACACUGCUUUUGCACUGCUUCGUUCAUCAUCGAGGACUCCUAAAGCAACGCUCUUUCUCCCAGACUUCUCUCUGCUCUUAUUAUAUUAGCUAUCAAGUGCUCAACUUUUAAAGAACGAGUGAAUGCAUCUCACUCCAUUUAUCGCGAUGUAUAAUGAACACUCGGACAACCUUGGCUGUUUAAUUUGCAAUUUAGCGAGAGCUGUGUUUUGGUGAUAAUGGUAACCUAGUAGGUCUUUCAGAUCUCAUUGUAAAGGCAUUUUUUCUGACAAUCGUAUAGACACUGAUGUACAUAGAAUUAAAUACUGAUCAGUCAAAUAAAAGCUUAACUUACAGUAA